AUGUUCUACCAUCCAGCUCCAGAUGACUCCAGCUCCGCCCCAUCUCUAGAGGACGUUGUCAUCAGCAUUCAGCCAUCACUUCCGCAGGGCUCCACGCCAGACGACAUGAGCUCGGAGGUUGUUUUCCUGCCCCUCCUCCUCCUGAUGACGUCAUGCCUGUGCAAUGCAGGAGGCGGGUUCAGUCAAGGUGGCGCUGUGCUGUGUCCAUCCCAGUGUGUGUGUGAGACGCGGCCCUGGUACACCCCGCAGUCUGUCUACCAUCAGGCCAGGACGGUCGACUGCAACGAACUGCACCUACACAAAGUUCCAGCAAAUAUCUCCGCUGACACCCAGGUUCUGCUCCUUCAGAGUAACAACAUCUCCUCCAUCACCACUGAACUCCAGAGUCUGAGCAACCUGACAGAACUGGACCUGUCUCAGAACCACUUCACACAGGUGGACUCCAUGGGUCUGGGCUCACUGAGCCAGCUGGUGACUUUGUACCUGGAGGAGAACCAGCUGGACGAGUUGGAGGACUUUGGGCUGAGGAACCUGUCCAGUCUGGAGGAGCUCUACAUGAACCACAACCACAUCUCCUCCAUCGGACCCAAGGCCUUCGCUGGUCUCUCCAGUCUGCUGCGACUCCAUCUGAACUCCAAUCGUCUGGUGGCCAUAGACCGCUGCUGGUUCGAGUCCCUGCCAUCCCUGGAGAUCCUGAUGAUCGGAGAGAACCCCAUCCUGGGUCUGGAGGAAAGGAACUUCCUGCCUUUGUUCCACCUCCACAGUCUGGUUCUAGCUGGAAUGGCUCUGGAGGAAGUUCCACCUACUGCAUUCCUGGGUCUGGACUACCUGGAGAGUCUCUCCUUCUACGAUAACCAGCUCAAGUCUGUUCCUCGUGAGGCUCUGAGCACGCUCUCUAACCUCAAGUUUCUGGAUCUGAACCGGAAUCCGAUGGAGCAGAUCCAGCAGGGAGACUUCCAGAACCUUCCUCACCUGGAGGAGCUGAGUUUAAAUAACAUGGACAAUCUAUUGAUGGUGGAGCGAGCAGCGUUCCAGAACCUUCCAGAAAUGGCCAAACUGGAACUUUACAACAACCCCAGACUAUCUAACAUCCACCCCCAGGCUUUCAGUGGGCUAGGCUCUCUGCGUACGUUGCUCCUCCAUAACAACCAGCUGAGCCUCCUCUCCAGAGAGCUGCUGUCCUCCCUGCCCUCCCUGGAGGAGCUGUCGCUCCACUCCAAUCCCCUCCGCUGUGACUGCUUGGCCUCCUGGGGGCCUUACCUCGGCAACCAAUCAAAUCUCAAGCUUCAGGAAGCUUCUAGCACCCUCUGCUCCUCCCCGCCUCAGCUCAUUGGCCAGGAGCUCCAAGAGGUUGUUUCCAUUGGCUGGGGGGCCAGUUGGGGCGGGGCUAGUGGAGUAGGGAACAGUUGCCUGCCACAUAUCUCACCACACUCCUUCCCACCUGUGAUUAAUAUUAGCUCUGGGCAGCCAAUCACAUUGGAGUGCUGGGCCAGUGCUGACCCCGCCCCCCAGUUCUAUUGGAUAACACCCACCGGAGACAAGGUGAGCUUGGAGGCUGAGGCUGCACCAGUCGUAUCAGAGCAGGGGCAUGGCCUAAGCAGGAAGCAGAGGAAGCACCAUGUGUCCAAUCCUGGCGCAUUGGUGAUUGAACGCCUGGAGCCGGAGGAUGCAGGUCUGUAUACAUGUGUAGCAUGGAAUGUGGAGGGAGCAGAUACCAGGAGUGUGUCUGUGUCUGUGGAUCCUCAACGGAGGGAGUCCUGGCUGGGGAACUCCUCUUCUGGCUCCUCCUGCUCACUGCUGCUGUUGGCCAAGGUGAUGAACGUGGCUCGUAUCCAUGACAGGGAGAAGCUGAAGGGCUUCUGGGAGCAGCGUAUUGUUGAGCAUCGGGAGCUGACGGGUCGCGAGGAGAGCCGGGUGAACAACAGCGCCCUGCCUCGGUCAGUCCACCACCCAACACUUCGCCCUGCCUCAGUCAGUCCACCACCCAACACUUCGCCCUGCCUCGGUCAGUCCACCGCCCAACACUUCGCCCUGCCUCGGCUCCUCUCUGAUGACAGACGAGCUGCCAACAAGCCUGAUGAGACAACCGCAGAUCCAAACCAAGGACGCCACACAAACCACUAG